AUGCAUUUCUCCACUCUUUUGACGACGGCAACUGUUGCCCUCGUCGGACUUACAGAUAUCACAUCUGCCCAUGCGGUCAUCAUGGAUGCUUGGGGAAGCAAUAACCCUAAACUCCAUGGCUGGGGUCUCGGAUUCAGCUACAAGAAUACCCGCAGGGAUCCUUUGGGCCGUCUUCUAGACGUAGCUGUCUUCGACCGAACUGUCUUUCAUGAUAGAAACAACGCUACCUACCUCAACUACGGUUGUGGAUUCUCAGGCAACAGCGUUGGCUGGCACCUCAAGACCAACAAACCGGGUGUUUGGAAUGCGCAAAAGCGUAAGAAGACUUUCUUCGAACGCAAAGCUGAUCCCGAGGGACGUAUCAAUGUGCCAAGGGGUAUCGAGGGUCUAGCUCUCCACGAAAACAAGGGUAACGUCAGGAGACGCUGGGGUCCCCAGGAUGGCCGCGGAGUCAGGACGGGUAUCCCCAAAGUUGUCGCUGGAAGAACCAUGGUGGUUAUGUCACGAACUAUCAAGGGGAAUGCCAGACUUCUAAACUGUAGAAUCGACUAUAAUGGUAAUGGAAAGACCUGGACUAGGCACUUGAAACUCCUCUCCUGUGGUCGGGCUGGUCGACCGCUCACCGCAGGGUGUUCGGUAAACAAGCUUGGCAAGGUUUUCAAUAAAUUUAGAUUCCAGCUACCACCAAAUAUGGACUGUCGCGGAUCUUAUGGAGCAAAUAAGGGAAUUAAGAACAUCUGCAUCGUGCGCUGCCAGGAGGGUUCUCUCAACGGCCCAUUCGGUGGAUGUGUUCCAAUUCAACAAAGAAGACGAAACCCUGUCAGAACAGUCGUGGUCAACAAAACAGUCGGAGGGAAGACCGUAAGGGUCACCCAAUUUGUCACUGAAACAUCCAAGAGCCCUGCCGUUCAACCAGUGACAACUGUUACAAACACCAUCAUUGAAACUGUCACUAGACGUCCUCCGCCGAGGAUGACCGUGCGAGUUGUCAAGGUCGUCAAACUUCCCCACAGAUACAUCGUCUAUAUCAAUGGCAAGGCAACGCCUACAAGUGCUACUAAGGUCAACCAGGUUAUCACCGAGACUGUUACUGUCACCGCCAAGCCCGUUAUUGAAACCGUCACUGUUAUCCAAAAGGAAGAAUUCCAGGACGAAACCGGCGGCACUGAAACUAGCGAGGAUGAUGAUAGCGACCCAGAGCUUAAGGACCAGCAAGACGAAGAAGAUGGUGAAGUCCCCGCAGACGGAGACAAUACCCCAGCUAAUGAUGGCGAUGGCAAUGACGGCAAUGACGGCGAUGACGGCGAUGAAGGCGAUAACGAUGGAGAUGUUGAACUUGAUGAGGAUGCGGAAAUGGGCUACUAG